CUUCACGACAAUAACGACAAAAAUGGCUGGUAACAGAAAAUUUAUAGUUGGCGGCAACUGGAAAAUGAAUGGAAACAAGGCAAGCAUUAAUGGAAUCAUUCAGUUUUUACACGAGGGAGAACUCGAUCCAAGCACCGAGGUAGUUGUGGCCCCUCCAGCUGUUUAUCUGGAUUACGUAAGAUCAAAUUUGGACAAAAAGAUUGGUGUAGCAGCACAGAAUUGCUACAAAGUGGAAAAAGGUGCUUUUACUGGUGAUAUAAGUCCUGCAAUGAUAAAAAAUGUGGAGUGUGACUGGGUGAUUCUUGGCCAUUCAGAGAGAAGACACGUGUUUGGAGAAUCAGACCAGCUGAUAGGAGAGAAAGUGAAGCAUGCCCUGGAGUCUGGACUGAAGGUGAUAGCUUGUGUUGGGGAGAAGUUGGAUGAAAGAGAAGCUGGUCUCACUGAGGAGGUGGUGUUUAGACAGACUAAAGCCAUUGCUGAUAAUGUCUCUGACUGGGACAAAGUGGUAAUUGCAUAUGAACCAGUUUGGGCAAUUGGUACAGGCAAAACAGCCACACCUGAUCAAGCUCAGGAAGUUCACGCCAGACUACGCCAGUGGUUAUCGGAGAAUGUUUCUCCAGCCGUGGCUAGCAGUGUUAGGAUUCAGUAUGGAGGCUCGGUAAAUGCAAAGAACUGCAGGGAAUUAGCUGAAAAAGAGGAUGUGGAUGGCUUUCUUGUUGGCGGUGCCUCUCUAAAACCAGAAUUUGUCACUAUUGUAAAUGCAAGGAAGUAAAUGGACAAGACAAUUCACAAUGUUGCGAAUUAAAAUUAACAAUUUUUACUGACAUCUCCUCUUUAAAUGGGAUUCUUUUUACAUGCUUAUUAUUGAAUGCUGUGCACUUUUCUCAAAAUUAUUUGAUAUUGACCCCCAAUUUUACUCUCAAUAUUAUUAACUUUUUGUGACAGUUUAUUGUCAAUUGCCAGUGCAUUGUACAGGUUUUAUGUUCCUGUGAAAAAAAUGUUCUUGUGAAAAAUGAUCAUUUAUAUCAUAACAAUAUUCUUGUAAAGAAUGGUCAGUUAUAUAAUAAUAAAAUACAUAAUAUUACAAUUAACCAUA